CAGUCAUUUGCUGUUCUUAAAACUCAACUCUGUGGUGCGGUGUUGAAGGAGAGAUCUCUGUUGCUCUCUCCGCUUCUUUUCCUCUCCCUGUAGCUUUGCUGCUAAAAUGUUUUUUUGCUGUCGUUUCCACCGAGCCUGCGUGAAAGUGAAAGGACUUGAGUAGUGAAACGUUUCUGCUGUUUGUGACGAGGUCUGCUCUUAAAUCAGUCAUGAGCUCCAGCCUUGUCAACUCUUUAGCCAAAGUCUAUGAUCGAAAUCCUCUUCAUGGUCAGAAGCUUGGUGGAAGGAAGCUCUCACUUAAUGGAUCAGACAAGUCCCAAGCGUCUUCAUCAUCCCCAUCCUCCCCUCAUGAUGCCGCCCUGCACUGCGUGGAGAUCCGAAUGGACUCGCUGAGCUCUCAGAUGGAGCGCUUGCUCAAUAUGCAGCAGACCGUCUUGACCCGGCUGGAUGGCUUGUCCCAGGACAUCAGAGGCAUGGGUCAGGAUCUGGCCUCGAUGCGUGAAGAUGGGCAUGGGGACAGACGUGGAUCUGGGGUGGACGCGGCGUGCAGAGUGCUGUUUGGGGCCGUGGAGAGGGCCAGCGAGCGGAUGGAGAGUCAGGGAAGCAGGCUGGAAGGGGUGGAGAGGCUGGUGGAGGGCACCCAGCAGGUGAUCAGCUUCAUUGGGGAGGUGGUGAAGAGCUCCAGGCUGGUGGAGCUGCUGUUUAAACAGCCUGGAAAGAAGGCUAACAAGAAGGAUGACAAGGAUAAAGCCAAACUGAGCCUGAAGGGCUCAAAGGCCCAGAAGAAGAGGAGACCUGCUGACCCGUCAGACACUUCCUCGCUAAAUGAGCCUGUGCUGCAGGAACAGGUGGAAAAGCUCAACAGGCAGAACACUGAGCACUCCCAUGAAAAAGCAGAGGCUGACAAUCAGUGGGAGGAGGACAGAGGAAGUGGAGGAAGAAGACAGGAGUCGGCAGAGCUGAUCCUGGACGGACCACACGCCUUUGCAGCCGAGUCAGAGGACAGGAAGAAGGCAACAAAGGAGGAAGACGAGGGAGAUAUCUUUGAGGACUCACAGUCAGAGGAAGAGGAGGAGGAGGAAAAGGCAGAAGAUGUUAGUCCAGAACAGGCUGGAAAAGUGGAGGAUGAUGAGAUUAAAAAGCAUAAAGGAGAGCCAGAGGAGUCGUCAAAAUCGGAAAAGGCCCCGAGUGUCGAUACCUCUCUCCUACCACAGGAAAGCUCUGAGGAGGCCGGCGAUGUGGCCACUUGCAGCAAACGUCGUGUCACAGAAGAAGACCCGGGGAAGGAUGAACUCAAAAAAAGCAGAGUGGAAGACAAUGAAGUGAAAAACGCUGACGGACAGGUGGCGGAGGGGGGCGAGCCUCAGGCCUCCAAUUCUGACGAAGUAAAGACAGAGGUGGAAGAGGAGGGGAAGGAGGGAGAGUCAGCAGUGAAGGAAUUUAUCAUUGAUUCAAGCCCUCCACCGUUAGCACCUUUUGAACACCGCAUUGUGACUCCAAAACCCCAUCAGAUAUCCACCUAUUACACUAUCAAUAGAGACGAAGUUCUGGGAGGGGGACGUUUUGGACAAGUCCACAAGUGCGUAGAGAACUCGACUAGUCUGAUGUUGGCUGCCAAGAUCAUCAAAGCCAGGAGCCAGAAAGAGAAGGAUGUCGUGAGGAAUGAGAUCCAGGUGAUGAACCAGCUGAACCACGCCAACCUCAUCCAGCUGUACGCCACCUUCGAGUCCCGCCAUGACAUCAUCUUGGUCAUGGAAUAUGUGGAGGGAGGGGAGCUGUUUGACCGCAUCAUUGAUGAGAACUACAACCUGACAGAGCUGGACACGGUGCUGUUUAUACGCCAGAUCUGUGAAGGACUGCAGUACAUGCACAAGAUGUACAUCCUGCAUCUUGACCUCAAGCCAGAGAACAUUCUUUGUGUCAGCAGAGUUACCAACAAGAUUAAAAUCAUUGACUUUGGCCUGGCCAGGAGGUAUAAACCCAGGGAGAAGCUGAGGGUCAACUUUGGAACACCUGAAUUUUUAGCUCCUGAAGUUAUCAACUAUGAGUUUGUGUCAUUCCCCACAGACAUGUGGAGCCUUGGCGUCAUCACUUACAUGCUGCUCAGUGGCCUGUCUCCGUUUCUGGGAGACGACGAUAACGAGACACUGAACAACAUCCUGGCCUGUCAGUGGAACUUUGAGGAGGAGGAGUUCACAGACAUCUCCGACGAAGCCAAAGACUUUAUCACCCUUCUGCUGGUGAAGAGCAAGAGCUGGAGGAUGAGCGCAGCAGAGUCCCUCAGACACCCCUGGCUGUCAGACCGGAGUCUGCACUAUCGACUGAAUCAGAAGAAAAACAAGUGCCACUCCACACAUGCUCCUCCUCCAGAGAGCCAGACGGAAACACUGUGAGGCCCUCAGCAUGCCUUUUGACAAUGUAGAGCACAGGAGCUCAACACUGGACCAAUGCUGCUGUACCUGUAUGGCUACUGGAUAACUACUCUCACAUCCUCAUGUGUGCUCGACUCCACAGCUUGUACUUCUUACCUGAAUAGUGAGGCCCGCAGGAGAAAAACAGACUUGUGUUUAACGCUGCCGUCGGGCACAAACUUUCUGCUUGCAUGCUUACUGUCCUGUGCAGAACACAAAACUUAAAACUGACUCGCUAGUCGGUGGCGUGUAGAACCACCCGUAUCGCAAUGAUGAAUCCAAAAUAUUAGAGACUAAAGACCUGAACUACUUCUACCACUUCUACACGCACCACUGAAGAGUAAAGGAAAAUCCGCAGUUUAGCGUCAGACAAAUGCUGUUGUUCUCCCUCCGGCAGUGAUCAGUGUGUCAUGUUGUCCUGGUUUGUUGCAUGCUUUGCACUUUUUGGCCUAUUUCUUCAAGAUCUAGCAAACAACUUUAAACACAAUAUAGACUGAAUGCCAUAAUAUAUUUUUGUGAAUACAGAUUUUCUUUUCUUUCUUUUAAUUUUCAAGUCUUAUUAAAAUGUGUUUCUUUCUUGUUUAAGGUAAACAUACAUGUAGAACUUGAUUGAAGUUGAAGUCACACCACAUUAAUUUAUUUUGUAUAUAACAAAAACACUAUAUACUCUCAUUUCCCUGAACAGUGAGAAUAUCUCAAUGACUGAAUACUUCCCUGUUUUGAGCCAUAUUCAAGUCGCAUUUCUGGUACAUUUUCACUGUAGACUAGAUUUUCUUCUGUGUGCGUUCAUGCCACUAGCUCGCCUUCACUUUGGCAGUUUGGAGUAGCCCUCUCACCUUCCAUGAAGGCAUAACGAACAACAGAAUACUACCUAUGAAUGACUCAUGUUUAUGACUGAAGUGGAUUCUUAUGUUCAUUUAUUUACUGGUUCAACACCAGACUGUACUUUAAGUGCAAAGCUUUUAUUUAAAAUGGGAUUUCUUUGACUGGAGACAAACAGGAUUUCACAAAGUUCUGCACAUGUAUGCACUGAAUGUGUAAAUGCACAGUUCAGCUUGAUGGAGAGCCAACAACAGAGCAGAGGCGACAUCAGUCGAUGCUUUAUUGUCCCAUUCUUUCCAAGACAAGUUGGAUGAAUGUUCGUCAAUUGCUGGCUGCUCCAAUUGGAAACUGAAAAGCUUUGUGAUUUUGUUUAUUUGAAUUUAUGAUACCUUUUUCAAGUGUUCUUGUGUAAUGAUGAGACAUAAUUAAAUGUAGAAUAUAAAUAAGCAAAAAAAAUAAAGCACACUAGAAAACA